AAGUAAGUAUAAAGAAAUAAAAUUUUACCAUGCAUAAAUAUACUCAAGAGAAUGAAUUUAGUAACAUUUAUAAAAUCGAGACAAAUUCGGAAAUGUGUGAAGGUCAGCCGUUAUUUAAUUGUCAAUUAUCCAAAGGUAUGCACGAAUUGCAUAUUUCAAACAGUGAAAAAGAAGAAGAUAAUGAAAACUAUAAUGAUGAUUUAGAAAGUAAUGAUUUCAUUUGGGACAGAAAUCAAAGUAAAGCUGGUUCAAAAAAUAUUACCAAAAAUAUUCAGACACAACGUAUUAAUGCACAAAAUGUUUCCAAUAAGAUUACAAAUUAUCAACCAUCAGAUAAAUUAUUUCGUCGCUAUGCUAAUAAAAUUAACAUUGAAAGAUAUGAAGGCCCAACUUUACCAGGACAUGCAACAAAUCUUCUUAUGGAAAAUGAUAAACGCGCAGAAAAAGAUAGAUUUAGAACCAAAGACAAACACGAUCGCGCAACUGUUGAACAAGUUUUAGAUCCUCGUACAAGAAUGAUAUUGUUCAAACUUUUAAAUCGGGGUAUAAUUGCUGAAAUUAAUGGAUGUAUUUCAACUGGGAAGGAAGCUAAUGUUUAUCAUGCAACAUCAAAAACAGGAGUAGAAGUUGCAAUAAAAAUAUAUAAAACAUCAAUUUUGCAAUUUAAAGAUAGAGACAAAUACGUUACAGGAGAAUUUCGUUUUCGUCAUGGAUAUUGUCGUCAUAAUCCGCGAAAGAUGGUGCGGACAUGGGCAGAGAAAGAAAUUAGAAAUUUAACUCGUCUUCGCCAGGGAGAAGUAAAUGCUCCAAAACCAAUUUUACUAUGUAGUCAUGUUCUAUUAAUGGGCUUCAUAGGUACUAAUGGUUGGCCAUCACCAAAAUUGAAAGAUGUUGUUCUCACUGCUUCUAAACCAAGGAAAUUAUACAGAGAAUGUGUUGAAACAAUGUGGAGAUUAUAUAAUAAAUGCAAACUUGUUCAUGCUGAUUUAAGUGAAUAUAAUAUGUUAUAUCAUGAUGGAUCUAUUGUAAUAAUAGAUGUGUCACAAGCAGUUGAGCAUGAUCAUCCUAUGGCACUUGAGUUUCUUAGAAAAGAUUGUACAAAUAUCACUGAAUUUUUUAAGAAGAACGAUGUAGGUGUGAUGCCUGUAAAAACAUUAUUUGACUUUAUAACAGAUCCAACAAUAACUGAAGAAAAUAUGGAUAAGUAUUUAGACGCAAUAUCAGAACAAAUGACACAACAGGAAGAACAAGAUGAUGAUCCUAAACAACAAAUAGAAGAACAAGUGUUUAAGCAAGCUUAUAUUCCUCAAAAUCUAAGUCAGGUAAUUGAUAUUGAACGUGAUAUCAAUCUUGCUAAAUCUGGAAAAGAGGAUUUGAUAUAUAAAACUCUUGUUGGUUUAAAAUCAGACUUAUCCAAACCUAUUAACACUCCUGAAAUUCUUAGUAAAGAUUUAAAGAAAACAAAUAACAUGGAAGAGAAAGAUGAUUUAUCUGGAGAUAUUGAUGAUUCUGAAAAUGAAAUUAGUGAAGAAGAAGAUGUAAUGGAAAACGAAAUAAAAUUUGUUAACUCGGCUCGACCUCGGCAUGAGAGUCCAGACAGUAAAAAGGCACGGAAAAAGGCAGUAAAAGAACAGCAAGCUGAAAAGAGAAAAACUAAAAUAAAAAAACAUAUAAAAAAGAGGAAAGAAAAAGUCUUAAAAAAAAAAUAAUAGUUAAAGUAUUACUGGAAAACAUUUUAAGAAAUUCAAAAUACGAAGACAUAACAUGAAA